UUUGGGUAUUAAAACGAGGGAAUAUAAUUUUCUUUUUUGUGUUUAAGUUUUUCAAAGUAUCAAACCCCCCGCCCUAAGCAAAACCCAUGGCCAUCGGAACGCCAAAAUUCUCGCCGGUGCUCCUCCACCUCCUAACCCUCAUCCUACUCACCACACCUCCGCUCUCUUGCUCCUUCCCCAUCCCCACCACCUCCUUCCACGCCCUCUUUUCUCUGUCCGACUCUCUCCUCACCCGCGUCGCCAACCUACGCGCCUCCCGAGGUGACAUUUCCGGGUCACUCAGGGCCAGAUCCAUAGCCCAGAAGAUCGAGAAACACAGCCAUGGGUUUAGCUUCUAUGGAGUCAUGUGGUCUCUUGGCUGGGACUACAUGAAAAACUACGCAUGGCGAGACAUCGGAAUAACAUCCUCUGAAAUGUUCGGUGCUGUGUCCGAUAUGAGCGAAUUGAUUAGGGGUUUGAGUGAGUUGACUCGGAUGGAAUCGGAGGCAGAGCGGGUAGCGUGGGUGCGUCGGAACUAUGGUAGCGUGCUCACAAUUUCCAAGUCCCUCUUCAAUCGCUUACUCAGAGUUUUCAGUCGAUCGGGUCCAUUGAAGGAUGCAAUUGAGAUGAUACAAGCAGAAAUUGUGGAUGGUGGGUUGCUAAAGGAUUGCCUUGAAUUGGGUAGCAGUGAUUUAAAGGGUGUGAUUCAAAUACUAAAAGAUUUAGCUUUACAAUACUCUUCUACAACUGGGAAAACCGAGUUAUAGUAAGUAUCUAACUUCCAUUAUAUAUUGUGUUUUCUUGAGAAAAAAGGGAAAUUUGUUGUGCUUUGUUUGUUAUUUCUUUAGUAUGUGGAAACUAUCAACAAUCAUUGCGUAAACUUCAGUAUCCAAAGAAGCAAUGUGCCAGUGCCGCUUCUUUUUGACUUAGCAGAUUUAAGUGUUUAAUGUAUAAAUGAUGUAUGUUAAUAAUAUUAAGUGUUUAAUUUUUUUUUUCCAUUGAAAUGUUGAAUGGAUAAAUGAUGUAUGAUAAUAAUAUUAAGUGCUUUCAUUUUUCAAUAUAAUUAACCCUUUUUGAGUUA